AUGGCUACGGCUAGUAGCCGCAUGAAUGCCAUCAUGGUUUCACCUGCGCGCGCCGAUCCGCCCUUCCCCGUGGAGAGCCUCCCCGACGACGUUCUCGCGCUCGUCCUCCGCUCGCUCGCGCGAACCUCCUUCCGCCACGCGCUCGUUUCUAAGCGCUGGUACCGCCUCGCCACGUCUGCGCUCUCCCACUUGACCAUUCGGCAUCAGAAUCUAUCGAUGCAAGAAAUACGAGAUUCUGAGCACUUCCGCAACGCGCAGCUUGCAUGGCUCCCGCUCCCGCGCCUUCUUUUCGCGCUGCGACACUUCCCCACCCUCACGCACGUGUCGCUGGGCGAGUUCUCAAUCGUAUCCGCCGACGGCGACGCGCUCAUCCGAUGCCUGGCCGCCACGUGUCCGUUCCUGAGCCAUCUAACGGUGGAGCAUCAGUUUCGCAUGGCGGUUACUGUAGACGGCCUCGCCUCGCUCUUCCACGGGUGUCGCAAGCUCAGGGAACUCCGCCUGCUCACCACCGACGGCCUCCCGCAUCUCCCGCCGUCCCUCUCGCUCCUCACAGAUCUCCAAACCCUCCAUGUGUGCGCUCAUCCUCUAUAUGGCGAUGACUCGCUACAGGAGCUCGUUUCGCCGCCCGAGAGCAUCGGCGCGCUGCAGCAGCUGCGGGAGUUGCGGGUCAGCGCGGGAUCGAGUUUCCAGGGUCUGGGGGAGUGCGUGGGUCGCCUCACUGACCUUCGGAAGCUGAGCAUCGGUACUACUCAUCUCUCAAGAACCGUCACGAAGCUUCCCGACGCGAUAGGCGAUUUGGAUCGGCUGGAAAGCCUGGAAGUCGAGCUGGACGGGCUCGAGUGCAUUCCGGAAUCCCUCCAACUGCUGACCGGGCUGAAAUCCCUCUCUCUCCAAUCCAAGCGUCUGCAGCGCCUGCCCGGAAAUGUUAUGGCGGGGCUGACGCAGCUGCAGUCUCUUUCCCUCCACGCCUGCGAUUCCCUCGGGAUUCUCCCAGAGAGCCUUUGCUUCCUCCCUCUCUCCUCCCUCUCCAUCUCCUCCUGCUCCUCGCUCAUCUCACUCCCUCACCACAUCGGCGCAUUAUCUCAUCUGGAAACCUUAAAGCUCCUCUCCCUUGAUAAUAUCCGGGUUCUGCCCGAAAGCAUGGGUGAUUUACCCCACAGGCAGCUGCCGCAACUGCAGCGGCUGGUGCUGGAGAGGAUGGGUGCUGAGGCUGACCCAUGGCUGUUUGACCGCAUUCCUGGUGUGCGGUCGGGGAGAAUGCGGCUUUUUCUGCAUGUGAAAGCUCUAUUUGUGCUUCUGCACGUGGUGGAUUUAUUGCUGCAGCUGGUUGUGUUGCUGAUGAGGGCGGGUUGUUCAGUGCUGCAGGGCGCGUUCGCUUGGUCACUUGGUCGUGUAUGCCGGUCUUCGUGA